GAUCCUAAAAGAAAGAGUACCCUUGUUUAUUCAAAGUGACUGCUACUUUGAGUACAGGUUAGCGAAGCUGCUUUCUCAGUGGGGCUCUCGGAGCUGGAACCAGAAGAGGGAUGGCGUCUCAGUCCAACACCCUGUCACCACAGAGCCCGUCUGUCCUUCCCCUGGGCCUGAUGACAGAGAGACCCUGAUGAAGGUCCUCUAUGUCUCACUGGGGCAGGCCUCAGUAACAGACGUGUUGACUAUGGCUGAGGUCAAGGACAAGCAGCAUCCUGUCUUUACCCAGUCUGUGAAAACCCCAGUGUGCUCCCUGGGCCGGGAGGGACGGAGGGGUCUGACCUCAGCCUGCUUCUCCUGCAUCCCUGACUCAGAGUCCUACGCCCUCUCUUCCUCACUCCUCGUCCCCCGUCCUCUCUGCUCUUCAGUUGUAGACUGGGACAGGAGACAGGGAGCCCACAGCCCAAACCAGGAGAUGACAGUCUACCACACAGAGACAGAGGCAGGAACUACAGAUCAGGGUAAUGGGGACCCCAACCCCCAGAAUCCCUCCUGUUAUAGUCCAGUAGAACAGCUUGCUGUCAGUCUGAUGGAGCGGAUACUGAGAGAUGUGGGGACAGAGAUGGACGACAGACAGGUCACCAUGGGGACAGAGAUGGACGACAGACAGGUCACCAUGGAGACAGAGAUGGACGACAGACAGGUCACCAUGGGGACAGAGAUGGACAAGAGACAGGUCACCAUGGUGACAGAGAUGGACGACAGACAGGUCACCAUGGGGACAGAGAUGGACGACAGACAGGUCACCAUGGGGACAGAGACGGACGACAGACAGGUCACCAUGGUGACAGAGAUGGACGACAGACAGGUCACCGUGGGGACAGAGACGGACGACAGACAGGUCACCAUGGGGACAGAGAUGGACGACAGACAGGUCACCAUGGGGACAGAGAUGGACAAGAGACAGGUCACCAUGGUGACAGAGAUGGACGACAGACAGGUCACCAUGGGGACAGAGACGGACGACAGACAGGUCACCAUGGGGACAGAGACGGACGACAGACAGGUCACCAUGGGGACAGAGACGGACGACAGACAGGUCACCAUGGGGACAGAGACGGACGACAGACAGGUCACCAUGGGGACAGAGACGGACGACAGACAGGUCACCAUGGGGACAGAGACGGACGACAGACAGGUCACCACGGGGACAGAGAUGGACAAGCGACAGGUCACCCUGGGGACAGAGAUGGACAAGAGACAGGUCACCAUGGUGACAGAGAUGGACAUGAGUUGGAGUAGCAGCAGUAGCAGUGGUGAGGAGACAGGUGGUCCCCACACAGAGAGCCCCUGUGAGGGAGGUCCAGCCGCCAGCCACAGCAGACUGGAGGAGCAGGAGGAGGGUGGAGUGUCAGAGGAGGAUGACCCUGACCUUAGCUUCUAUGAUGGCUAUGGUAGUAUCCAUGGUGAUAGACAGGGUCUUGGUGAGUUUAAGGAGUUCUUAAAGGGAACACCAGGAGAGAAGCUGUUGCGUCUGUGGAUGGAUAUAGAGAGACUGAACACCCUACAGGACGGUAGGAGGAAAAACAGGCAUUUGGUCCAGAUGCGUAGCUGCUACCUGCUGACCAGUGGCCAGAGCAGUCUGAAUGGUGAGCUGUUGACCAGACUGGGUCUCUCUACCUCCCCCUGCUGGAGAGAGAACAGACUGCAGAGAGCACAGCCCCGCCUCACUGAGGCACUGCUCUGCUACUGGGGCCCAAGGUUCAGGCUGAGUCAGAGAGCAGCAGAUCCUCUCAGACUGUCACUGUGGAGGAAGAGACCGCUAUGCUAUCCCUCUGGUGUCGACCCUAACCCUCGUUACACCACCCUGCACCCUCUCACCUGUAUACCUAGACCCACCAUCUGCCCAGACACCUCUCUACCCAGGGACAGAACCCCCACACCAGGACACACACAGACAGGUUCUGCCAGCAGCAGAAGCAGCAGCAGUCGUCCUGUUCUAGGGGACAGGAGGAUGGAGAGGAUGUUGCAGGCCCUACAUGUGGACUCACGGGCCGGGUUCUACUUCACACACUUCUGUGAACGCUCUGGAAACCAGCUGUGGGAGAAUGCCGUGCACUUCUGGUGGGAUCUGCAGCAGUACCACCAGCUCUUCUACCAAGAUGGAUUGGAUCCCUACAGGGUACAGAGACAGGCUCAUUUGCUUUAUUCAACCUACGUGUGCAGUGCAGCCUGUAGGAGCAUUGGGGUGGAGGAGGAGAGCAGAGGGAAGGUGUAUACCUGUCUCACUCCCCCGUUUGAGGAGCUGUUUGACGGGGUGGAGGAACACACUCUGACUCUCCUCCUGGAGCCCUGGACACUGCUCACCACCAGGGACACAGACACCUACCAGAAGGUGGGUGUCUGGGAGGAGGCUCGCCAGGUGGAGACAGAGCAGUACAGACGACUGCAGACACUGUAUGAGGAGGCAGUUCACAGACUGGAACAGCAUGCUGUGGCCCAGGCCUGCAGGCCCCCUCCUCCACCACUAGAGGUCCCCAGGUCUCCAGCUAUGUGGUCUGCCGUCCCAGAGAGGUACAGAGGGUACGGGCUGGGCUCUCUGCUAGGACACCGCAUGGAGCUACAACACUUCACAUCCUUCCUGCAGGACCACAACGCCAGUAUACAUCUGGCUUGCUGGCUGGAUAUAGAGCAUUACAGGAGAAUCCCCCAUAAAGACAAGGCCCAGAGAGAGGACGAGUCUAGACUCAUUAAGGACAAAUACCUCAACAGGAAAUACUUAUUUGGGCCUGACAGUCCUGCCACCAGACACCAACAGGAUGAGAGCAUCAUCAGGAACCACAUAGAAACAAGAUGGCUGCCUGUCUUCCUGACUACGCCGGCGUUCACUGAGAGACAGCAGCAGAGAGUCAAGCCUCUGCGUAAAGACGGGGUGUUGGACCAGGUCUACCAGCGACACAGGAACAAGAGAGAGGUGUGGAAGCAGAGGGAGGGGACGUGGAUGACCUCUGCAGGGGAGAUCCUGGCUCUCCGGAGGGCCCUGCUCAACCCCAUCACAUGUCAUCAGUUCCGGCGCUUCGUCUCUCUGAAGGGAGACUUCCUGGAGAAUGACAUCUUGUUCUGGCUGGAGGUCCAGAGGUACAAGGAUCUGUGUCACUCCCACUGUUUGGAGGCUGUGGUCCAGGACAAGGUGUCCACCAUCAUCAGCUGUUUCAUCCAGUCCUCCAUCCCCCCGGCCCUGCAGAUAGACAUCCCCCCAGAGCAGGCAGCACACAUCCUGGAGAGGAGGAGGGAGAUGGGGCCCUACGUCUUCAGAGAGGCUCAGAUGUGUGUGUUCAGUGAGCUGCUGAAGCUGUGGCCAGAGUUCUUGUCGUUCAGCAGCAGUGUGGAGGAGGAGGAGGUGCUGCCAGUGCUGGAGAACAGGAUGAACAAACAGAACGCUAAACUACAGCGCCGCAGGAGGAGAGAGGAGGAGGAGGAAGAGGAGAGGAGAGCCCAGGAGGAGGUGGAGAGGUUUUCAGAGGAGGAGAAACACAGAGGACUACAGGAGAGCAGAGAGCUGCUUUACCCUAGCCAACAGUUGUCUUGGUCCUACUCUAAGUAUAUGGUAGCCCUGGAGAGAGAGGAGGUGCUGCUGAGGAGACAGGCCCAGCUGGGAGUCACCUCCUUCUCCACUGGGACAGACUCGUCCUCUGCCCACAGUCUGAAGUCGAAGGGCAGCAGACAGUCCAGACAGAGCCAACACCAUGCCCAGCAGUGCUCUGUCCUCUCCCCCAGGACAGACAAUGGGCUUGUUUGAGUGGUAAGGCUGAAGCCACCGACUGCAGACGGAUCGUCGAGAAAUUGAGUCCGGGGAGGUGCAUCUGCUACAGCCUAAAGUCUGUCCGACAGGCAAGGCUCAGUGCAACACGGAAGUGUUGCCAUUGUUUAUAAAAGUUAUUGUUUGUAAUGUCUAAAUGAACGUCUCCAUCCCCCAUAUCACACACUGUAAAUGUGUGUAACCUACAUUGUACUAGGAACUGGGGAGAGAGCGCCUCAAAUAUCACAUUCAUUUGUACAUACAGUGCCUUGCAAAAGUAUU